AUGGCUAAGGGAAAGAACAAGAACCACGAUGAUGAUAGACCUCGCAGCUCUAAAGGGUCCAACGGCCAUAGUAAGGGCUCUAGAAAGGGGCAUAAUGAAGUGAAAAGGAGAGAGACGGCGAACUUUCCUGUCAAACUUGCUAUGUGGGACUUUGAUCACUGUGAUCCUAAAAGAUGUAGCGGUAAAAAGCUUGAACGGUUAGGCCUGAUCAAGAAUUUACGGGUAGGAGUCAAAUUUAACGGCAUUGUAGUCUCACCAAAUGGGUCCGGUGUUGUUUGCCCUGACGACAGAGAAGUUGUUGAGGCUUAUGGGGCGGCCGUUGUAGAAUGUUCUUGGGCAAGAUUAGAUGAGAUACCUUUUGGUAAGAUUGGAGGAAGACAUGAAAGGUUAUUACCAUUUUUGAUAGCUGCAAAUCCUGUAAACUACGGAAGGCCGUGGAGAUUGAACUGCGUAGAAGCUCUGGCCGCUUGUUUUGCAAUAGUUGGUCAUAUAGAUUGGGCAAAACAACUGUUGGAACAUUUUUCCUGGGGACUAACAUUCUUGGAUAUCAAUGAGGAGCUUUUUGAAUUGUAUCAAGAAUGCACAGAUUCAGAGAGUGUAAAGAAAGCAGAGGAGGAAUAUUUAAUAGAAGCAGAAAAGCAAAAGAGCGCAAAGAAAGAUUUAACUUUGGAUGAUAUACUGGAAUUUGGUAAUCAGAACAGACGAACACUGGAGGAAAAGGACAAAGAUGAUGCUGAUGAUGAUUAUCAAGACGAAAAAGAAGAGGAUAAUGAAGAAAGAGAUUUUGAUGCAGAGCAGACUCACCUUACUAUUGAAAAGAAACUAGAUGCGCUUGGAAAUGAGAUAGAGGACUUAGUCAUAUAG